AGAGUGAGGUAAGAGGAGUGUGGAGCUGUCAGAGUGGUGUUGUGGCAGCCAGACGAGAUCAACCCAGACCAUUGUGUGCUGUCCUAUCUCUCAUGACCACCCCCCAACACCACGCCAGGGCGCCACACAGGAUGCGUUUGCGGGUAUCAUCAAUGGUCUUUGGGGGAGCCGUGAGCAUGGCUACACUGGUGUUGUUGUACCAGGGGCUCAGUCUGCCUCCAGACACCCGUCCACCAGGUGAACAGUUAAUAGUGUCGUUGGAGUCUCGCUUACAAAGACUAGAGUCAGACCUCCAGGCCAAGCAACUCACUAUCACCGAGAUCAAGAACCUGGUCCGUCAGCUGGCGGGCUCCAAUUCCAGGGCCAACUCUUUGCUUGGCUCCCAGUAUGGUGUUUUGACAGCCAGCAAGUUUGUCAGGUUACCGUCACCAUGGGGGUACAGGUGUGAGUCAGGCAGGUGUAUCAAGGAGGUAAACGAUGGCAUCGCUGGACUCGUGACUCUUAACCAGUGUAAGUUAACGUGUGGACCCUUCGGUGUCCUGUGGCCACAACCCCAAACUGCUAAACUCGGGACAGAUGUGGUCGAGUUCCUGCCCACCAACGUCUUCCUCACGCCCCUGAUUACAGAGGAAGUCCUCCCGCUGCUGCGAGAGGCCUUCGACAUUUUCAAGGGAAACUUGGAGAAGCACCAUCCACACUACAGCAGCGGCUCUGCGCCCUGGAGUUCUCAUUGGAGUCCCUCCAGCGCUGUACACGGUGUAGAGGUGAAGGUACAGGUGCAGGGUGUGGAGACCUUCCUCACCCUCCAUACCAACGAGUCUUAUGAGUUACAUAUACACACUGACGGAGACAAAACUACAGCCACCAUCAUUGCUCCCAACUUCUUCGGUGCGCGCCAUGCCCUCGAGACACUGACGCAGCUGGUGGAGUACCACGAGAACCGAGGCACACUCAUGAUCGUCAGAACCGCCUCCGUGUAUGAUGCUCCUGCCUUCAAGUACCGCGGACUGCUCCUUGACACAUCUCGCAACUUCUUCAGCGUGGCGGCCAUCGAGAGAACCUUGGAUACUAUGGCGGCCAACAAGCUCAACACCUUCCAUUGGCACAUCACCGACACCCACUCCUUCCCACUCUACCUGGAGAGCCUCCCUAACAUGGCCUUCUACGGCGCCUACACCCCCAGCCAGAUCUACCACCCGCACGAAGUGCGACACUUGGUGCAGUACGCCAGAGUGAGGGGCAUUCGCAUUGUGCCGGAGUUGGAUGCUCCAGCCCAUGUUGGCAACGGCUGGCAAUGGGGGGAGACACACGGGCUGGGCAAACUGGCUGUCUGCGUCAAUAAGGAACCGUGGCUGUCAUACUGUUUUCAGCCACCUUGUGGUCAGCUCAACCUCGCCAACCCCAACAUGUACACUGUGAUGGCCAAGAUCUAUAAGGAGUUGGCUCAGGUCUUCAGCCCCGUUGACCUAUUCCACUUCGGUGGAGACGAGGUGAACCUCAACUGCUGGAACACGACGGAGGAGAUCACCUCCUGGAUGACCGCCAAUAACAACAGCCUCGACGUUGACGCCUACUAUGACCAGUGGGGCGUGUUCCAGGAGAAGGCUUACCAGCUGCUCACCACUGUCAACAAAGCAGUACAAGUGACUGGCAUAUUGUGGUCGUCGGGCCUCACAGGUAAGGAGCGCGUUGAACGGUACCUGAGCAACAGUAAGUACAUCAUACAGAUCUGGACCAAAGGCAGUGACCCCGUCAUCGCCGAGCUCCUGCGUAAGAACUACCGUGUCAUCUUCAGUAACUAUGACUCCUGGUACCUGGCUUGUGGGGCCGCGGAUUGGAUGUCAAAAGGCAAUAACUGGUGCAGCCCCUACCAGGGCUGGCAUGUUAUGUACGACAACAGCCCCCAUGAUAUAGCCAGGAACCUAACAGGCUCUCCCCACAGCGACCUGGUGUUGGGUGGGGAGGCGGCACUCUGGAGUGAGCAGAUCGACGAGGCUUCCAUGGACGCAAAGUUGUGGCCUCGUGGGGCGGCGUUGGCAGAGAGACUGUGGACAAAUCCCCGCACCAACUGGCAGCCAGCAGAGACCCGCUUCAUCCACCACCGCCAGAGACUUGUAAAGCGAGGUGUUCAGGCCGAUCGCAUCCAGCCUGAGUGGUGUUACCAGAACGAUGGCGCCUGUCGUCGUCAGCAGCCUCUGUUGCCUGUAUUGGAGAAUUGUCUACCCUGAUCAUAGUUCUCCUCAGGGCUGCUCUCGAGGCCCCUGUUGCCUGUAGAACCUCUCGAGAACACUUCAGUGUGUCAUCACCAGUUAAAGGAAGACACUAGUGUAGGAAGCCAAGUGUUUGGCUGAUUAUGUAAGUGUUAAGUUUGUGUACUACACCUGUGUCUUGUGUAAUAAUAUAUUGUUUACUUCUUGUGCAAAACAACUAUUAUCAGUACUCAGAGUAAACAAUGAAUUUAAUUUCCGAUUUUAUCAAUAAAAUUAUUCAAAUAUUGA